AGUGCUGGCCCGCGCAGGGCCGGGCCCGGCGGCACCGGGGGGCGGCGCGGGGAGACCCCCCAGCACGGGGAGACCCCCCCCCCAGUGCGGGGAGACCCCCCAGCACGAGCAGGAACUGCUGCCUUUCCAGGGGAGCUUUCUCGGCAGGAGAUGCUGGGACGUGACCUGCAAGGUCUCUUCCCACUCAAACCAGUCUGGGACUCUGGGAUUAUCACCCAGGGGAAGACCUGCCUGGACUCCCUGAUCCCAUCCUAGGAUGAGGCGUGGGGAGCAGCUCCGUGUGGUUUUCCUGGUCCAGCUCCUCACUGUCAAGAACAUUUCCGCUCGAUGAUCGUGUGGUGGAGCCUGGUGACACUUUGGACCAAACCCCUCCAGGUUCUGGCUGAGAUUUCAGCCCAGUCUCUGCUACAAGGACCAUGAGGCUCUGUCAUCGGGAGCUGUUCCUGCUAAUAAUGGGACCACAGACUGGUUUGGGUUGGAAGGACCUUCAAGAUCAUCUCAUUUCAACCCCUCUGCAUGGGCAGGGACACCUCCCACCAGCCCAGGUUGCUCCCAGCCCCAUCCAACCUGCCCUUGAACACUGCCAGGGAUGAGGCAGCCACAGCUUCCCUGGGCAACCUGGGCCAGGGUCUCACCAUCUUCAUAGGGAAGAAUUUCUUCCCAAGAUCUCAUUUUAAUCUCCCUCUUACAGUUUGAACCCAUCACCCCUGGGCCCAGGUGCAGGACCUUGUGGUGUUUGUGGACACCCCAUUCAAGCAGUUUUUGGAGCCAUCAAAGCUUCUUGUUGCUGCUAAACAACUUCCUUGGUGAGCAUCUGCUGAGGGUGCAUUAAUGGCACCAGGAGGGGGAUAGAAGUUCUCCAACACUCUAGGUGGGUUUUGGCCUCUUCUUCCAAGUGAAUAACAACAGGACUAGAGGAAUGGCCUCAAGUUACCCAGAGAGGAUUCAGAUAGGACAUCAGGAAGAGUUUCCUCCCAGAAGGAGUGGUCAGGCCCUGGCACAGGCUGCCCAGGGAGGUGGGAGAGUCACCAUCCCUGGAGGGGUUCAAACAAUGUGUAGAUGAGGCACUUCAGAAGGUGUUCUGGUGGGUGUGAGGGGAUGUCUGGAUUGACAGUUGGACUUGGUGACCCUGGAGGUCGUUUCUGACUGUGACAAUUUUGUGAAGUCCCCGAGUUUGUCUGAUGCCACCAGGGCCCAGUAUUUCCUGUGGACUCAUGUCCCAACCUCAGGGCUGUCAACAGCAUCUCAGGCACCAGCAGCUGCUUCAGCUCCUGGAGGUCCCUCUGCCCUGAAUAAGAGCUCAUCAAGAUAAUGGUGACCUUGUCAGUGUGGCACCACCUGCUCUCAGUGGUGGCAAGUGGAGGGGCUGUUGCUUUGGUGGCCAGGUAAAGGCCAGCUGGGCUGGUCUCUGCAGCGAUGGCCAGGAGAAGAUCGACCACCAACCUCCAGGGUUGUGCAUUUUGGCUGAUUUGGUACAGAAGAGGAACCUCAGCUUGUAAGGGCGAUGGGUCAGAUUGACCCCCCCACCCCACAGAUCUGUGCUGUGGCUUCUUUCUUCUUAAUAUUGCUCAUUAAUCCAGUCCCUUGGGCCCAGCAGCCACCAGAGCUGACCCGUGGCAGGUCCCCCCAAAGUGUCACUCAACUGGGGAAGGGACAGGAGCUGAAUAAUUAACAUUUAAUAACAUUCCAUCCUAUUCUUCAGGACCCCCAGAUUCGGGUUCUGUCACCCGGGGUGCAACAAACAAUCCCCACUCAGAGCCGAGAUGUUUGUUUUCCCCCCGUUCAGCACAGAAAAGGUACCAGGGGAUGGUUCCUAAAGCCCACCCCCUUUGGAGAAAUGACCUGGGGCUGAGAUGCAAAGAAAGACCAAGAAGAACCUUCCCUGGGGAAGUGCCAGGCUGCUCAUUCUCCUCCUGCCUUUCCAUCUGAAAGCAGUGAUUGCUCAUCCCCUUCUGUAUCUCUAGGGCUUUGCCUCCAGGCGGGGUCAGGAAUUCUGUCCCUCCUGUGGGUGGCCGGAAGAUCUCGCGCUGCACGGAAGGACAGAGCCCCUCCCGGGCAGCCAAUAGCGUUUUGUUCAGGAUGUCAGCAGACGGAAGUGACGUCACACACCCAAGCUAUAUAAUGCCGCGUUACACACCAAUAAACGCCAUUUGCCGUCCGCCACAUUGGUGUUUGCGAGCUGAUGGACCGAGCGGCCUGGGGUUGGUCGCCGUGCCGUUCCUGAGCCAGGUCGCCACGCCUGCCAAAAGGCAACAAGUGGUGCCAAAACCCGGGAAUACGCCUGGAAUCGGGUGAACGGCGGCCGGAGCGGCGGGACCAGCUUGGCGGGGAGGACGCUCCCGGAGCGACAAGGAGGAUGGAAGCCCUUGUUGAGGUCGUGUUACAACUACAUAAGCAGUGGGGUAUUGAAUGUGAACUCAAAGAUUUCACUGUCGCCGUUGCAAGGCUUUUGAAAAUCGGGGUCAUUGACCAGCCGGUGGAUGUUCUCUACCCUGAGGUGCGGGAUAAAUGCACCAAAGCGUUGGCCGAGGAGACGAUGUCCUCGGGUUGUGGGAAAAACCUUAAGUCGUGGGGGAAAGUCGUGCAGGCCCUGCAGAAGGCCAGACAAGAGCAGGAGACCUUGAGGGCAGUGAAGAGCUAUUUGUCGGCCACCCCGAAGUUGGGAGUCGGGGCAGCCACGCAGACUUUGCACCCCCCGGGUGAUGAUGAUUCUGCUGAGCCUGGGGAUCUGCGGGAGGGCGACGCGUCCCCUCGACUCCCGAACCCCGACCUGCUCACGGAGGGACAGAAACGAGCUAAAUCCUUCUGGGGCGGGUUGGCUGAGGAGGCUUGGGGCGCCGCGGAGAGACCGGAGCCUGAGGAGGUUCAGGCUGAACCGCCGCCCUACACGUCCCAAGAUGGCGCCGAGCAGAGAAGAAGAGGGCGGGGCGAAGAUGCACAUGGCGGGAACAGGGAGGAAGCGCCGGCGUUGACGGGCGCACACAAGCGGGAAGGGGAGGGGAGCGUGAGCGAAGGGCGGAAAGCCGAUCAGAGCGGCCAUCCGGAAAAAUGCCCUUAUAGGGCAAACACCCCACCGAGCAGAGGGCGGGAGGAGCCAAGAGGGAGGGAACAGCCCGCCCGCAAGGGAAGUGGGCGGGGCCGGAGCCCGAAAAAUGGUACUGGAGACUGGAAGUAGCCGGUCAGUUGAGCUCCGACUCCGGAUCAGACACCAGCUGGGACGAGUGGCUCGUAACUGAUUCAAACUCAGAGGAGGAGGAAAUGGGAGUAAAUACAGUUAAAAACCAAAACAUUCCCGUCCAAAAUAAAAAGGGACCGCAAGAAAAAAGAACUCCUCUCACCGGUUGGAGGAGAAUAAAGAUUGCGUGUGCCGAUUGGGUCCCAUCGGCCACGCUAGCGUUCCCGCCCUGGGUGACGGACGGGGGACAGAGGGUCCACUUGCCAAUAAACCCUAAAGAUAUACAAGCGAUUGUCAAGGCAAUUGCGGAUAAAGGGCUUAAUUCUGCCAUGGUCUCCACCCUCAUAGAUGGCAUCUUCGGGGGAGACGACAUGCUCCCGUUUGAUAUAAAACAAACUUGGAGAUUGAUCUUUGACGGGGCAGGGAUGAUCGUUUUUAAACAAGAAUGGGAGGACAACUGUGCGAGGCAACUAGCCCAAGUCACUGGGGCGGAUCACCCGCUACAUGGCUCCAGCCUGCAGCGGCUGAUGGGCACAGAUCCAACAAUGAUUACCUCCCAAGCGCAGGCCCAGGGCCUGCGGGCCCAUGAAGUUAUGACAACUACUCGUGCGGCCGGAGAAGCCAUUCGCACAGCCUCCAGGGUUAUUGUCAAGCCAUCGCCGUGGUCCACAGUUAAGCAAAAUGAAAGUGAGAGCUUUACGCAAUUUGUGGAUCGCCUCCAGGCAGCGGCCGACUCCUCCACCCUGCCUGCGGAAGCGAAAGGCCCGGUUGUUGCAGAUUGCUUACGGCAGCAGCGCAAUUCGGCAACCAAAGAAAUUCUACCAUCACUGCCCGUGGGGUCAAGUAUUGCGGACAUGAUUAAGCAUGUUGCAAAGGAAGAGCAUCUAGCCCCGAUUCAGGUGGCUGUUCGUACUGCAAUAGCUGAUGUGAUGGCAUGUUUUAAAUGUGGUCAGGCGGGCCACGUGGUGGCAAACUGCCCUCGGUUGGAGGACCCGCCAGCAGCGCUCCCCCCACGCCAAAAUCAACUCAGAGGACCGUGUUGGGCCUGUGGAAAGAAAGGACAUUUUGCCAAGGAAUGUGGAUCUAAAAACCAGGGAAACGGAAGGGGGAGAGGGCACCUGGGCCGCGUACAGCCCUCUCCCAUUUGGGACAUGAGACGGCCCAAUUAUGCCAACCCUGGAUGGGGCAUCACCCUAACACACGGCAUUCCGUAUAACAGCACAGGACAGGCCAUAGUCAAACGAGCCAAUCAAACUCUGAAAUCUAAAUUAGAGGUGCUGGCAAAAACAGAAGGUUUUGCCAACGCCAUUCCCCCGGGAGACCAAGCACGCCUGCUAGCAACUGCUCUUUUAGCGCUAAAUCAAUUCCCCAGGGGGGGAAGAGAUGAAUAGCCCCACCCAAAAACAUUGGGCUACUCGAGCGCUAGAAGAAGGUCCAUUGGUCAUAAUUAGAAAUGAGCUGGGAGAAUGGGAACAAGGGCGGAGGUUAGUCCUUACAGGGCGAGGGUAUGCCGCUGUCAAAAAAGAUGGAAAAGUCAAAUGGUGUCCGCUUAAGUCCAUUAAACCUGACCUCCAGAAUAAAACUAUUGAAAACUGAGUUUUUGUUCGCAGGACCGGAUUAUCGGACGCCCUCGUAACCUGUAUGUCCCGGUGGCAUGAGAGAACGACAAGUCAACAAGCAUCCUGUCCGCACCUGAGAAUUCUGCACUGGCAGAACCCAAACAACGGCGACAUAGCCCCCCUGGGGGGGGGGCUGCGAUGCCUUUGUGUGAUUCAUCAUGUUGAUGGAACGCCAACAAUUGCUUUAAGAAUGUUUUGUUCAGAAUUUCCGUUAGCUAUCCCCAGUUAUACCCCGUUGCUUCCAGUUACCCCCCAGUUACCUCUUGUUUAGUGUGCCUUACGUUUUCUAUUCAAGUUUGUAAUAUAUAUUUUUUUAAGAUUGUUACAUGUAUUUUUUUAGGAUUGUUAUAUUUUAGCCAAUUUAAUUAUGCAUAGGGAGGGGGGAAAUGUGGGUGGUUGGGUCCGGCGGCUGGAAGAUGUUGCGCUGUACGGAAAGACAGAGCCCCUCCCGGGCAGCCAAUAGCGUUUUGUUCAGGAUGUCAGCAGACGGAAGUGACGUCACACACCCAAGCUAUUUAACAGCGCGUUACACACCAAUAAACGCCAUUUGCCGUCCGCCA